AUGUCCACCACAGAAUUAGAAUUCAAGAUCCGCCAGGCGGCCGUUAAAAACCGUGAACUACUCUCCAUUCUCGCCGAAACAGACCAUGCCGUGCCGGAUCUGAAGCAACAACGCCGCCUCAUCUCGGAUCUCGAGAGCCAGCUCCAGGCUUCUGACAAGAAUGUGCGUAAUCUCGACACGCAGCGCAAAAAGGAGCUCAAGGAGCACGAAAAGUAUCGCGACAGCGUCAUGCGCCGCUUCAUGCACAAGGCCGUCGGCAAGCGUGAAAAGUUUGAUGAGAGAGCCGCCAAGGAGGAACGCGAGUACUUUGAUGUGCUGCAGGAGGAGCAUCGCGAGAAGGAGAUCAACAAGAACCUGAGAGAUCAGCUCGAGGAGGCGAAGAACGCAAAGGGCCCCUUGGAAAAACAGGCCAAGAGACACGAAGAUGCGCAGCGCGAGCUGGACAGCUUGUAUGAUUCCAUCUUUGCAGGCCCCACGCCGAGCCACCCAAAGGAGGACUCCCUCGAGCAUGCGACCUCGCGGGCGCUGAACGCCUACCACGACACCAGAUCAAAGGCCGAAGCUGAGCAGCACGCAAUCAACUUGCUCACCGAUUCCAUCAGGCGCAUGGGCGAUGCUCUCCGUGAGAUAGACCAGGCCCUCUCCCACUCCCGCAUGGACAUGUUCGGCGGCGGGACCAUGUCGGACUUGAUGGAGCGCAACUGUCUUCAACGUGCCGAAUCCGCAACGCAAGAGGCGAGGAUGUUGGUGAUGCAGGCGCAGCGUAUGACGCCGUACAUCGGCGACAUGCCUUCUGUCACGAUCAACCACGGCAACCUGCUGGGCGACGUGUUGUUCGACAACAUCUUCUCCGACAUGGCGUUCCACGACGAGAUCAAGAAGUCUAGGAUGUCGGUAGAGAGGGCCGCGGAAGCUCUAAGUCAGUUCUUGAAGGAGACCAGAGGUAGACACACGCAGUUGUCAUGGGAAAUCAAGGAGAGAGAGGCGACCCUGGAGGAGACGCGGUUGUUGCUGCAGAAAGAGCGGGAAAGGCUGUUUGAGAUUUUUGCUGGAAGCGAUAACUCGGAGAUCAAGGCAAGGCCGAUUGCAGUUGCUAGUGGCUCGUCGAAGCCGUGGGACUAUUGA